AUGGAAGAUGCAGCAUCAGCACCAACUCAAAGAGCAGUACCAAACCAGAAUACAACACCAGCACCAGAAUCCAAUCCCUAUUACCUACAUCCCAAUGAAAGCUCAUCGCUGGUCUUAGUAUCUCCUUCAAUGAAUGGAAAGAACUUCCACACAUGGAAAAGAUCAAUGCGUAUGGCACUCCUAUCCAAGAACAAGCUUGGUUUUGUUAAUGGAACAAUCAAGAAACCAGAUGAUGACAGUCCUCUAUUUGGUUCAUGGGAAAGGUGUAACACUAUGAUAAUUUCUUGGCUCAAUCGAUCCAUCUCAGAAUCCAUUGCACAAUCAGUGCUUUGGAUGGAGAAAGCAGAUGAUAUAUGGAACAACUUGAAAGACAGGUUUGCUCAAACUGAUAUGUUUAGAAUUUCUGAUCUUCAAGAUGAAAUUUUCAAAUUGCAGCAAGGAGACAAAUGUGUUUCAGAUUACUUCACCCAAUUAAAGAUUUUAUGGGAUGAAUUAGAAAGCUUACAGCCAAUUUUACCAUCUUGCGCAUGUGGAGCAGCAACACAAGUAAAGGAUACUCGUGAAAGGGACUAUGUAAUAAGAUUCUUGAAAGGGUUAAAUGACCAAUUUGAACAUGUGAGAGCUCAACAAGAAAGGCGCCUGAAAAUAGGAGUCCAAGAUUCACAAUCUUUCAUCAAUAUUGCUGAACAACAAAAUUCCAGAGGACAACUAGACAGAGGACAGACUCGAUAUCAUCCAAAUUUCAAUCAGAACUUCAACCAAGGUUUCAAUCAAGGAAGAGGCCAAGGUUUUAAUCAAGGAAGAGGCCAAGGUUUCAAUCAAGGAAGAGGUCGUGGAAAUAAGUUUUGCACAUAUUGCAAGAGAACAAACCAUACCAUCGAGACAUGCUAUCUCAAGCAUGGAUUUCCACCAGGAUACCAAACCAGAAGACCAUAUGCUGCUGCUGCUGCUACAAACUUUGUUUCACUAGAAUUUGAUGAUAGUGUACACAAUACUGAUCCAGAACCUGAACCAGAAUCUCUGAAUCUUGCCUUUUCAAAAGAACAACAUCAAGAAAUUCUGGAACUUCUACAAAGAUCAAAGCUGCCUCACUCAUCCAAUAUGAUUCAAACCCACUCAUCUGCUUUCAAUAUAGGUAACACAGUAUCAGGUAUAAAAUCAAACCAUUGGAUUCUGGACACUGGAGCUACAGAUCACAUCACAUAUAUUUUCUCUAAUCUUUCAUGUGUCCAAUCCAUAAAUCCCAUACACAUCACACUUCCAAAUGGCACUCAAAUUACCACAACACAAUCAGGCACAGCAAGAAUUUCUGAUUCUUUAGUUCUUAAAAAUGUUCUCUAUAUAUCAACCAACCAGACGAUUGGUUCAGCUAAACAAUUAGAUGGACUCUACAUAUUGAAGACACAUGAAGGAUCUGUAAAGAAAAGUUUCUGCAAUAAAGUGAACUCCAAUGAUGCAUUGAUAUGGCACCAAAGACUUGGUCAUCCUUCUGAACCAGUCAUGAAGACCAUGUCCAUCUACUUCCCUUUCAUUUCAU